AUGAUUGGUUGUGGUACUCGAGAAGACAAACUUUAUUACUUGGACUGGGCACCGGAUAGUGAGGUCAAGGGUGGUCAAGCUUUCACAACCAGUGGAACUCGUCCUGAGAGGGAGAGAUACAAAAUUUGGUUAUGGCAUAAACGUCUUAGGCAUGCCUCGUUUGGUUAUCUUAAGAAGUUGUUUACAUCAUUAUUUUUCAGUCUUGAUGUUUCCAACUUCCAGUAUGAUACGUGUGAAUUGGCUAAGAGUCAUCGUGUCCCGUUCCGAUUAAGUUCAAAUCAGAGUUUGGUUCCGUUUUCCCUUGUUCAUUCCGAUACUUGGGGACUUGCUAAAAUUACCACUCCGGCAAAGGCGCGAUGGUUUGUUACGUUUAUAGAUGAUUGCACAUGCAUGACUUAG